AAACGCGCGGGGGAGCGGGAAAACGCACGUGGAGCAGCAGCAGGAGAGAAGAAGCGGCAGGCCGUGCGACUCCAGGCAGAUGGCGAAGGUUAGACUGGAUGCUAUUCAGAGGAGCAAACGGCCAGGGACACGGACAGAAUGCUUUGCAGCACAGAUAGAGAGGGAGAAAGAGGAGAAAGAGCCCGAGAAUGGUAGGGGUGAAGAUGGGGAGCUAUGCCGGGAGGGAGAGCUGAUGGAAGGAAAUGAAGUGCCAAACAAGGUCACAACAAAAAAGGUGAAGGUCAGAACUGAGAAGCCCAAAAAGGAGUUGGCCAAGGCCACGCAGGUGGCCAGUACUGAGAUAGCCACAGCCCUGCUGGCUGAUAUACAGGCUGCACAUGUUUCGGAAGAGACCACUCCAAAUGCAUCUGAAGGUUCUCUCACUGUGGACACAUCUCCUGGGGUGCUUACAUCUGACCCCACAGCCACUUCCCCUGCACUAGAGACAGCUGAAACCCCACUACCUAAACGACGGAGGUCCAGCUCCCCUACUCCACCAUCAAGAAGGCCACUUCUUAUGAGCUACCAGCACAAUACUCCUGUUCACAGUACGUACUAUGGUACAUCAACAUACAGGGACGAGGAUGAUGUGCAGUCAGUGGGCUCGAUGGGCUCUUCCUACUCCCACCCCUUCUCCGACCCUGGCCUUUUCCCCAGUAGGGGCUAUGAACUGAUGGUGCAGUGCAGCUCUCAGAUGCAGGCUUCACUUGCCUCUAUGAACCUGACACUCCAGAGAAUGACGAAGGAGAUGGCGUCCCUUAAAGACUACCUUAGAAAACCCCUUCUUAAGAAGAAGAAGUCGGAUGAGAGAGAGAGAGAACCACCCCAAGAUUUACCAAAUACAUUGGGAGAAGCAUCAGCAGCAGCAUCAGGAGCUCUCCUUGGCAACCCAGUGGGACCUGCACGGCAAAAAGUCAUACUCAAUAGUGCAACUCAAGCUCAGGUCCUAGAUGCUGAAAGGAGCACAAAUAACCCUGAAAAGUUAGCACUAGCUUUGCUGAUGCUACUCUUCUCCAAUGAGGAGCUCGCACAUGGUAACUGCAUGAGGCCUGUUCGGAAUGACAUAAAAUAACUGGAUUCCGGUUGUGGGCAAUGCGAUGUAAGGAUAGAGACAGGUAAUAUAAAAUAUUAUAGUAAGACUUCCAUUUUUGCAGGCCAUGUCGACUACAUCUAUCCGUUGGAUGGUGCUGAGGUGGACGCACGUCGAGAAAGAAGGUGGAUAAACCUUCAACAAAAAACUUUGAAUCCAAAGUGCCGACAAUUACGUCAUAAGUUUCCAUAGGACCAGAUGUGGAAUACAGAUCCAGAUCCCACUAUCACUGUUGAACCUUCACUUAUCACUAUU